AUGAAUGACAAUCGUUUUCUAUGUUAUCUGCCCUCAGCACUGUCGCUCCUUGUGGGUGUUGAUAUGGACGUGCCCCAAGCCCGAGGCGACGAAAUAAUCUAUCUAUCUAUCUAUCUAUCUAUCUAUCUAUCUAGCAAUCUCAAUCUAUUAGUCUAUCGCUAUCUCUGGCGCGCUCUCUAUGUAUAUAUUCAUCUGUUUGUCUCAGUCUGUUCAUCUCUCUCUCUCUCUCUCUCUAUCUAUCUAUCUAUCUCAGUCUUUUCGUAUCUAUCUAUCUAUCUAUCUGAAUCUCUGUUCAUAUCUAUCUAUCUAUCUAUCUAUCUAUCUAUCUAUCUAUCUCAGUCUUUUCGUAUCUAUCUAUCUAUCUAUCUAUCUAUUUCAGUCUUUUCGUAUCUAUCUAUCUAUCUAUCUAUCUAUCUAUCUAUUUCAGUCUUUUCGUAUCUAUCUAUCUAUCUAUCUAUCUAUCUAUCUAUCUAUCUCAGUCUUUUCGUAUCUAUCUAUCUAUCUCAGUCUUUUCGUAUCUAUCUAUCUCAGUCUUUUCGUAUCUAUCUAUCUAUCUAUCUAUCUAUCUAUCAUAGAGUGUUCAUUAUCUAUCUAUCUACCUUCAUCUCUCUAUCUAAUAGUCGUCCCUCAGCGCAGAGUCUUUUUGAAGACCUCCAGCCGUUGUGUCUGUCAACGCAAACCUCCUCAGCCAUUUUGGACGACAUCAGCCGAUAA